CGCAGUGGAGUUUCACAGUUCAGCUGUCCGCCAUCACUGCUCUCAGGCUAACAUUAGCUAAACCACCGGGAAGAGAGUAAGCUCCCGAGCGAGUGACAACAAUAUAACUGCCUCACAGGUCGAGUUCCUAAAGUGGAGGUCACUGAGUUUCCCUGCUGCUUUUCUGGCAUAGGGGGCAAAGUAGCAGCUGGGUUUCAUGUAGUCUUGUCAGCUCAGAAACGACAAUCCAACUAACCAGUCAUGUCCAACCUUAAAGGCACCACCAAGAAGGACACCAAGAUGAGGAUACGAGCUUUCCCUAUGACAAUGGAUGAGAAAUAUGUGAACAACAUCUGGGACCUCCUUAAGAAUGCCAUCCAGGAGAUCCAGAGGAAGAAUAACAGUGGGCUAAGCUUCGAGGAGCUGUACAGGAAUGCCUAUACGAUGGUUCUCCACAAACAUGGGGAGAAGCUCUACACAGGACUGAGGGAAGUCGUCACGGAGCACUUGAUCAACAAAGUACGGGAAGAUGUCCUUAACUCUCUGAAUAAUAACUUUUUGCAAACACUAAAUCAGGCUUGGAAUGACCAUCAAACUGCCAUGGUUAUGAUCAGAGACAUCCUCAUGUACAUGGACCGGGUCUAUGUUCAACAAAAUAAUGUGGAGAACGUGUACAACCUCGGCCUCAUCAUAUUCAGGGACCAGGUGGUUCGCUAUGGCUGCAUUCGAGACCAUCUACAACAGACGUUACUUGACAUGAUUGCACGUGAGAGGAAGGGAGAGGUUGUAGAUAGGGGGGCCAUCAGAAAUGCCUGCCAGAUGUUGAUGAUUCUUGGCUUGGAUGGCAGGUCUGUAUAUGAGGAGGACUUUGAAGGCCCUUUCUUGGACAUGUCAGCUGAAUUCUUCCAGAUGGAGAGCCAAAAGUUUCUAGCUGAAAACAGUGCCAGUGUGUACAUAAAGAAGGUAGAGGCUAGAAUCAAUGAAGAGAUAGAGCGUGUUAUGCACUGCUUGGACAAGUCUACAGAGGAGCCCAUUGUUAAAGUGGUGGAACGGGAGUUAAUUUCUAAACACAUGAAGACUAUUGUAGACAUGGAGAACUCUGGACUUGUCCAUAUGCUGAAGAAUGGCAAGACAGAAGACUUGGCAUGUAUGUACAAACUGUUCAGUCGUGUGCCAAAUGGCUUGAAAACAAUGUGUGAGUGUAUGAGCUCUUACUUGAGGGAGCAAGGCAAAGCUUUGGUGUCAGAAGAAGGAGAAGGCAAGAACCCUGUUGACUAUAUCCAGGGCCUGCUUGACCUGAAGACACGAUUUGACCAUUUCCUCACCGAGUCCUUCAACAAUGACAGACUCUUCAAACAAACUAUAGCCGGCGACUUCGAGUAUUUCCUCAACCUUAAUUCUCGCUCUCCAGAGUACCUGUCACUCUUCAUCGACGAUAAGCUCAAGAAAGGAGUCAAAGGGUUGACGGAACAGGAGGUGGAGUCCAUUCUUGACAAGGCCAUGGUGUUGUUCAGGUUCAUGCAGGAGAAAGAUGUGUUUGAACGAUACUACAAGCAGCAUCUUGGUCGCAGACUGCUCAGCAACAAGAGUGUGUCGGACGACUCGGAGAAGAACAUGAUUUCUAAGCUCAAGACAGAAUGUGGCUGUCAGUUCACCUCAAAACUGGAAGGGAUGUUCCGAGAUAUGAGCAUCUCCAACACAACCAUGGAUGAGUUUAGGCAGCACAUUCAAACCACAUCGACAUCUCUAAGUGGUGUGGAUCUUAUAGUAAGAGUCCUUACAACUGGCUACUGGCCGACACAGUCUGCAACUCCCAAAUGCACUAUCCCACCUGCUCCUCGCUAUGCCUUUGAGGUCUUUAGACGGUUUUACCUCGCUAAGCAUAGUGGCAGACAGCUCACACUGCAACACCACAUGGGUGGGGCAGACCUAAAUGCAACUUUCUACGGAACAGUUAAAAAGGAGGAUGGAUCAGAGGUGGGUGUGGGAGGUGCCCAAGUGACAGGCUCUAACACCCGGAAGCACAUACUGCAGGUUUCCACUUUUCAGAUGACCAUCCUCAUGCUCUUCAACAACAGAGAAAAGUGCACUUAUGAGGAGCUCCAGCAGGAGACUGAUAUUCCUGAGCGGGAGUUGGUGCGAGCAUUGCAGUCUUUGGCUUGUGGGAAGCCAACACAGAGAGUUCUCACCAAGGAGCCAAAGUCCAAAGAGAUUGAAAAUGGCCAUGUGUUUACAGUCAAUGAUCAGUUUACCUCCAAACUGCACAGAGUCAAAAUACAGACAGUUGCUGCUAAACAAGGGGAAUCAGACCCAGAAAGGAAAGAGACGAGGCAGAAAGUGGACGAUGACAGGAAGCAUGAGAUAGAGGCAGCCAUUGUCCGAAUCAUGAAGUCAAGGAAGAAGAUGCAGCACAAUGUCCUGGUUGCAGAGGUGACUCAGCAGCUCCGGGCACGUUUUCUACCCAGCCCUGUGGUAAUUAAAAAACGCAUCGAAGGACUAAUAGAAAGAGAAUACUUGGCGAGGACGCCAGAGGAUCGCAAAGUGUACACCUAUGUUGCGUAGAAGAGAAGCCAGAUGAGAGGAGAAAGAGACUGGAUGGGGGAAUGGGAUUGGUGUUUCUUUGGACUGUUGUUACGCAUGGACUGGAAGUUACUUUUUUAAGAUAAAUGCUGGGAAACUGA